AUGGGGCAAGGGUGGGGGCCAAGGCAAGGCCUGGGCUGACAGGGAGGUAGGAAGGUUACAAGAUCAGGGCAGGGACUCAGGUGUCUCUGAGGCCCUGGAGAGGUUGUUUUGACCUCUGAACCACCUGUCCCUGUCUUACCUGCAGGUGUGUCAAUGCUCCUCCCUAGAGAAGGUCUGGCCAGGCCUAUUAACAGGAGGGUGGGGGCAAACAGAAUGCCUCCUCCUGGGUUCCAGUUGGGACUUGGGCCAGGGUGAUAGGCACUCUCUGACCCCCAUGGUCCUUCCAGCUUCAGCAGCCAACUUGAAGUUUUCCCAGCGGGUAGCCUGCUUGCCAGGGCCACCUCUAGGCUAGAAAGUAGGUGCCUGUGCCUUUAAAUUCUCAGCAGGUUGAAACGGCUGAUGACAUCACUGGUUCCCGGGAGCGGAGGAGCUGGAGCCAGAGCCCGAGGGAGCCCAGGGCUGCUGGGGGCUGCAGACAUGGAGGGCCAGAGCUGCAGUGGUAGCGGGAGACCAGGGACUGGGACCCGAUUGGGCCCCUUACCUGGGCCACAUCGGGUUUCUCAAACUGGGGGACCCUCCAAGGUGGACUCAAGUUUUCAGCUCCCAGCAAAGAAGAAUACAGCCCCAGUACCCACGGAACCAAGGUUGGCUCUAGCACCUGUAGGGCCACAAGCAGCUAUGUCACCUUCCUUAGAGGGGCCAAGGCCGGCUCUGGCAUCUCCCCGACCCGUCCUGGCUCCACUGUCUCGUCCUGGAGGACAGAAAAGAGUUCCUUCACAUCGCAGCUCUAGCCUGGCUCCAACAUCUGUGGGCCAGCUGGUGGUGUCUGCCUCAGCUGGACCAAAGCCUCCCCCAGCAACCUCAGGUUCAGUACUGACUCCAGCAUCCCUGGGGCAACUGGUGAUGUCUGCCUCAGCUGUGCCAAGGCCUCCCCCAUCUACCCUGCCUCCAAUUUCCAGAGACCAGAAGCAGCUGUCCCCCACCUCUGUGGGACCCAAGCCAGCACUAGCAGCCUCAGGCUUAAGCCUGGCCCUGGCUUCUCAGGAGCAGUCUCUCCAGCCCCACUCCAGUCCUUCCCCAGUGCCCAGUCCAGUUUUAUCACCCUCUCAGGAGCAGACCCUGGCUCCACCAGCCGGGGUCUCAGGCCCAGCUUCUGUGGGAUGGACUCCAGUUAGACAGAAGGAUGCUCCAGCCCCAAGACCUCUCCCCACUUCUGAAGGGCCUCUCCAGCCUCCAGCUCAGGCAUCUGGUCCUACAGGCUCCCCAUCCUUGAUCCAAACCUCCUCCCAAGAUCCCCGGUUUUCCUCCUCCUUCCGAGCCCGGCCUGAGGCCCCCCGCAAUAGCCCUGAGGAUCCUGUUCUGCCAGGACCACCCCAAACCCUGCCUUUGGAUGUGGGCCAGGGCCCUCCAGAGCCUGGCACUCGCUCCCCUGGACUUUUGUCCCCUACCUUCCGGCCAGGAAACGCCUCAGGUCAGACUGUGCCCCCACCUCUCCCCAAGCCACCUCGAUCUCCCAGCCGUUCCCCCAGCCGUUCUCCCAACCAUUCUUCCGGUGUCACCCCAGCCCCUGAGGUGGCGCUCCCCAGGCCUGGCACCCAGAGUACAGGGCCUGGCACUCCUAGUGCAGGGCUUGGCACCCAGGGUACAGGACCUGGCAGGUGCCCAAGCCCUAAUCUUCAGAACAAAGAAGCCCCAACCCCAGUCACCAUAUCUUCUACAUCCACCUCGUCGUCCUCCUCUUGGUCAGCUCAGCCUACCUGCAAGAGCGACCCUGGAUUCCGGAUCACUGUGGUCACAUGGAAUGUGGGCACCGCCAUGCCCCCAGAUGAUGUCACAUCUCUCCUCCACCUGGGCGGUGGCAAUGACAGUGAUGGUGCAGACAUGAUCGCCAUAGGAUUGCAGGAAGUGAACUCCAUGAUCAACAAACGGCUCAAAGACGCUCUCUUCACUGACCAGUGGAGUGAGCUCUUCAUGGACGCCCUGGGCCCCUUCAACUUCGUGCUGGUGAGUACAGUGAGGAUGCAAGGCGUUAUCCUUCUGCUGUUCGCCAAGUACUACCACCUGCCCUUUCUGCGGGAUGUGCAGACUGAUUGCACUCGCACUGGCCUGGGUGGCUACUGGGGUAACAAGGGUGGCGUAAGCGUGCGACUGGCGGCCUUCGGGCACAUGCUCUGCUUCCUGAAUUGCCACUUGCCCGCACACAUGGACAAGGCGGAGCAGCGGAAGGACAACUUUCAAACUAUCCUUAGCCUCCAGCAAUUCCAGGGACCUGGUGCCCACGGCAUACUGGAUCACGACCUCGUGUUCUGGUUUGGGGACCUGAAUUUCCGCAUUGAGAGCUACGACCUGCACUUUGUCAAGUUUGCCAUCGACAGUGACCAACUUCAUCAGCUGUGGGAGAAGGAUCAGCUCAACAUGGCCAAGAACACCUGGCCCAUCUUGAAGGGCUUCCAGGAGGGGCCCCUUAACUUCGCUCCCACCUUCAAGUUUGAUGUGGGUACCAACAAAUACGAUACCAGUGCUAAGAAGCGGAAACCAGCCUGGACAGAUCGUAUCCUGUGGAAGGUCAAGGCUCCAGGUGGAGGUCCCAGCCCCUCAGGAAGGGAAAGCCACCGACUCCAGGUGACCCAGCAUAGCUACCGCAGCCACAUGGAAUACACAGUCAGUGACCACAAGCCUGUGGCUGCCCAGUUUGUCCUGCAGUUUGCCUUCAGGGAUGACAUACCACUGGUGCGUCUGGAGGUAGCAGAUGAGUGGGUGCGGCCUGAGCAAGCUGUAGUAAAGUAUCGCAUGGAAACAGUGUUCGCCCGCAGCUCCUGGGACUGGAUAGGCUUGUACCGGGUGGGGUUCCGCCACUGCAAGGACUAUGUGGCUUAUGUCUGGGCCAAACAUGAAGACGUGGAUGGGAGUAUCUACCAGGUGACAUUCAGUGAGGAAUCGCUGCCAAAAGGCCAUGGAGACUUCAUCCUGGGCUAUUAUAGCCACAACCACAGCAUCCUCAUUGGCGUCACUGAACCCUUCCAGAUCUCGCUGCCUACCUCGGAGUCAGCCAGCAGCAGCACAGACAGUUCAAGCACCAGCUCAGAGGGUGAGGAUGACAGCACUCUGGAGCUGCUUGCACCCAAGUCCCGCAGCCCCAGUCCUGGAAAAUCCAAGCGACACCGCAGCCGCAGUCCAGGCCUGGCCCGUUUCCCCGGUCUUGCCCUCCGGCCCUCAUCCCGUGAACGCCGUGGUGCCAGCCGUAGCCCAUCACCCCAGAGCCGCCGGCUGCCCCUGGUGGCCCCUGAUAGGGGCAAUAGUAGCAGCAGCUGGGAAAGUAGUGAGGAGGGGCCUUCCAGGCUUCCUGGCCCCUGGGCCUUCCCACCAGCUGUGCCUCAAAGCCUGGGCCUGCUGCCAGCCUUGCGCCUGGAGACUGUAGACCCUGGUGGUGGUGGUGGCUCUUGGGGACCUGAUCAGGAGACCUCUGACCCUGACAGCCUAUCUCCCAGUCCCCAGGGCCGGCAGGGACUAGAGGAAGGGGGCCUUGGGCCCUGAGGAUGUGGUGGGCAGAUGGGCCCAGGUGGCCCCACUCUGCUUCAAUCUUCCACAAACCUGCCUGCCUCUCUUCUGCUGCUGCUCCAGCUAUAUCUGUACCUGCCACUCUGUCCUGGCCAGGGGUGGCCAACUAGGGUCCCCCCAAACUCAGUCCUGGCACUUCAACUGUGAUAAUCAGCAAAGCCCCGCCUGGACCCCCAUCUGGGAUGGUGGGGGAGCACUGGCAGAAAUCCCAAUCCUGGAGGUCAUCCAUUAGGAAUUAAAUUCUCCAGCUUCACUCCUGGCUGUUUCCGAACUUCUUAGCAGUCUGGGGAUGGGGGUAGUUAGUCAGAAGCAGAGAAUAAAGAGGUGAGGGAAUGACAGAAUUGACAUUUACCAGGUACCAGCCAUAUAUGGGGAUACAUGCCAUCUCCUUUAAUCUGUAUCACAACCAAAUGGGUUCAGUGCCAUUUUUAGACUCAUUCACAAAUGAGCAAAUUGGGUCUCCAAGAGGUUACAUCAGUCUCUCAGGAUCUUACACCAAAGCAGUUUGGCUGUGUGUUAGAGAGAAAGAAUAUUUACUAGGUGCUAAGUGCUAUAUGUAUGUAUAUAUUAGUUCACUUGGUCCUCAACAAGACUAUGAGGUAGCUCAUGUAUACAACCCCUUUUUUCAGAGGAGGAAAUCAAGGCUCAGAAUAAGGGAAGAAGGUCCUUUGUCCAAGGGCAUGGAAGAGAUUUGAAUAUAGGUUUAGGGCAGAAAGAAAUGGCCCAGGCCUGGGCUAGGAAGGUCAUAUCAGCUAUUAAAAGAAGGGGCCCCCUAGUAGGAGAGGAGUUGGGAAACCCUCUCCAGUGCCCCCACCCUGGUUUCAGAUACAGAUACUUCUGUGACAUUCCUUGUUUCCUACGAGCUGCACCAGGGCUUCAUGACCAGGUGCUAGGGCUUUCCUAGACAGGCUUUCCUAGACAUGUAUUAAUUUUGUAAUAUAAACAUGCAUGUACCUCCUCCUGGGACCUCUUGGGGCUGCUGUAGUAAGUUACUCUCUCCCUAUUUCCAUCUGUAUGUGAAGUUUCCUGGCAAGACCCAAGCCCAGGGCAUCAGAGUGAGCCUCCUGAAUACCAUAUCUGUGGCACAGAAGGGUUGUGUCACCUGCUCAAGGUCACCCAGCACUGCAGGAGACAUGGUCCAGUAUUUGAGCCUUAAGGUCCCCCACCUCUAGCUUCUUGACUUUCCAUAAGAGCCUCUGCCAUGCUGCUGUCAAACCCAUGGAGAGGAGGCCAAGAUUCCUAGCACUUGGCCAAGACAGGGACAAGGUCCAAGCUGGUACCCAAGAGAACUGGAACCGAGGUCACUAGCUCCAGAAUUUCUGCUGCCCACUGAGUCUCCAGCCUGCCUGGGUUAGCUGCAGGCACUGGUUGUAGAACGACACAGGAGUCCCUGGGGGCUCCAAAGGCCAUGCCUGCCUUUCCUCUGUGCCUUUAUCCAGGAGUUGGAAUCGUCUCUUCUGAAGUCGCCGCAAGUGUCGCACUGACACCUUGAUGGCCCUUGGGUCUCUGGAACAGCUAUUGGAAAUGAACCAGAUGGUUAGGACUAGCAGAAUUCCUCCUUACUCUGCAGACAAGUGGGUCAAGGUCCAGAGAAGAUCAGGAAUGAAGCUAGGGCCACAGCGAGACAGAAAGGGGGCAGGGUUACACCUAGAAGGUAGGCAGAAUAAACCUGAUCUGGUACCUAGAGGCCUGGGUUCUGUUACUACCUGGCUAUGGGACCCUGAGCCAGUCCAGGCCUCAGUUUCCUCUUCAUAUGUAAAGUGGGAACAAUAGGGGCUGGCUUUAAGAAUCAGAAUCCAAAUGAGAUUGUGAAUUAAGAGUAAGCAUUAAGCAUUUUACUAUGUGCCAGGCAAGUCUUUGUACAUUACACAAGCCAUUUCCUUGGCUUGUGUAACCAUUUUACAGAUAAGGAAAUGGAGGCUUGGAAAGGUGAAUCCACUUGUCAAGGACAUGCAAGAAUUAAAUGAUAGAGCCAAGAUGCAACCCCCAUAGGCCAACUGCAGAACUGGACCUGGGGCAGCAGGAGAUAGGGGAAGGAUAACCAUGGAACUCAGAGGUCAGAGGCCCCCUGACCUUUUCCCCACCUGCUUGGCCCAGACACACAAUUGGGGUAUAGGUAACUCAUCCCUUGGGGGGGCAGGAAACCCAUACCUCCUGUCUUUGCCAUCACUUACCCUGUGUCCUCAGCACAGUCCAGGGGAGAGACCAGUUUGAAGCAGGUGGUGCCCAGCAACUCCCAAAGUAUGUUGGCACCUGCAGGUGGGCUAUGGAGCCUCAGGAAGCGUGCCAGACUAAGGGUAAAGUUAGGCUCAGACUGGGUUUUAACCUCACCAGCCAGAUGCCCCUUCAAGGCAACCCAUCCCCAAGGGUCCCUGCAGGCCUCACCGUCGAGUGCAGUUGCAGUGGAAGAGUGGCCCACGGGCACUGUUUAGCAGCUGGAACUUGGUUUCCUGGGGCCUAAUUUGGUUCUCACACUGGUCCAGGCGGCGGAAGCCACGGCAGGCCCGGUGGGCACCUGGGUUGAUGUAUGGUUGUGAAGGUUGCCGAGUAUACCAGCACUCUGGUACUUGCAAUCAUCCAGGAGAAACACUAGUGCAUAUGUUCAGUCACACAAACACAGGCUCUGUCUAGUACCCUUCAUGCUCUCAGGGUGUUGCCCACAUGGGAUGUGCCUUUACACACACACACACACACACACACACACACACACACACACAGAGUGUCCCAUGGGGAAACCCAGACUGCUGCUGAGGGUGAUCCAGAAAGGCUUCCUGGAGGCAGAGACUGCUAAACUGAGGCUGAGAGAGGAAGAGGGAGGAGAGUACUUCAGAAAGAAGGAACAGUAUGUGCAAAAACUCAGAGGUGAGAAAGAGAGCAGACUGCAUAGUUUCAUUGUUCUAUUUUUGCAGUGAUGGGGAUUAAACCCAGGGUCUAGCACAUUGUAGGCAAAUGCUCUACCACUGAACUAUGUCUCUAGUUCUUUAAGACUGCAUUUGAGGAAACAGAUUAAAUUUGUAAAACUGGAAUUUUGACUGGGGGAUGAAGUUUGUAGGGCCUCAGGAAUACUAAUCAUUGGGACUUUUGACAACUGAGAUAAAAAGUAGCCAUGACAUCAGGGGAGAAGAGCUCAGUAGAUAUGGAGUGAUGAGGUAAUAUUUGUGGAUUAUGAAAAUUCCUUACUACAGUGUAAUUUGAGGGAGAGGUUAGGAUACCCUAGGAGCAUUUGGAGCAGGAAAAGAAGCAACAUAUACCUCCCCCAUCAACAUGCACCCGGAAGAUACCCUCUCAUAUCAGGAACCCCCUGAGGUUAGGUUCUGAGCUUACCCUGAGGUUUUAGGUGCUGGAGAACUGGAUUGGGGACCCAUGUCUGGGCUGUUGGGGCUACGUCAGUCCUGGAGGAGGUGGCCUGGAAGGCUGUGGUGUUGACUGGACUGGGGUGCCUGGACUUUUUUAGCUGCGGCUGCCUCUUCAGAGGGUGCUGCUUUUGUUGCAGUUUGGUGGAGGCCAGGGGACUGGGAGUCAGGGAGGUGGUGGGAGAGCUCCAGGAGGCAUUGUAGUAGGUAGUGGCCUGGAGGUGGGCGAGGAGCACUGAGCCAUACAUCCUACACCUGGAAGGUGGCAGUUGGUGGCACUUGAUGACCAAGACUCCCUGCCUCCAGAAACCCCCAGGAUGCUUUCAGAAACCCCUGGGGUUGUUCCCAAGAGACCAAGUCUCUCUGCCAGUCUCCUUCCCCAUCUUACUGGCUUGUGGGAGGCACUGAAGAAGGGAUUGCAUCCUGAACCCUACCCUAAGAAAAGGACAAGCCUGACAAGGCAUCAUUCCCUGAAGGAUAGACAGCCCUCCCUCACCACACUUGAAACCCAGGUUCCCCUGCUGACUGGGAAAGGACUCAAGGGGUGCAGCCACAUACCCUCCCCACCAGUACCACGCCACACACGCCUCCUUCUCCUUCAGCACAAAGCAGGGGAUCUCCAGCACAUUGAAGAAGGCUACACCCACAAUGUCCGAGAUGGAGUCAUGCUGGUUCCUCAGGCAUUGCUGGAACCUGCCCCAGAGUCAGCAUUCAGGUCCUUGUAGUACAGAGAGUUCCUGGCUCUUCCUGCAACCCACCCUGCCACUAUCAACCAAAUGUUUGUGGUUCAAAAGUUCCUUCCCUCUCAGGUCUGCUUUUCCAUCAGCACUAUGGGGUCCACGCUGGCUGAUCUUUAGGAUUCUCUGGAAUCCUAAGAGUAACUCUGCCCUGUCCCUGAGCCUCUGACCCUCUGCCAACCUGGUAUCACAGUCACAGUGGGAGAUGGUGUGAAAUCGGAAGUUUCGGAUGCCAUAGUUAUACUGCAAGGGCGAGAUGUUCUGUGGGCAUCGGUCAUGUUCCCGGCAGCAGAGAUCAGGGCCCUGGAAGAUCCCUGUACGAAGGGAAGAGAACACCAGCUCAGCAGGGUUCUGGGCACCACCCACCAGCUAUGCCCAUCUGGUAUCAAGAGGACGGAGUCCUGGUUUUCACCCCAGCCCUGACAUAAACCCCUGGGGUGGUCUCAGGCAAGUAAUUCUCUCUCUGUGAGAGCCUCAGUUUCAAAGCUUAAAGAGAACACCCAGCCUGCAGCCCAUUUGGGGCAAAUCCCAGUGCCAGGCAAUCUACCCAUGAGCAUAUGGAAAGAUCUUCCUUGGGGGAAUUGGAGUCUGUCCCUAGGGUUCCCAAGCUCAUGCUCCAAAUAAAACUGAAGUU